ACCCCACCCUACACCCACACCCACACCCACACCCACCCUGUGUCGUAACAGACACUCCAUAACCACCACUGUUGCCACCCAUGAGACCAGUUGUGGUUGGUGCAGAAGGAGAACAUCACCACCGAAACACCACCCAUGGUUAUGGAAGUUGUUGUGAAGUUAAUGGAGGCUCCUUACCACGCGCCGCCGGAAUACCACCAAUACUCUUCUCGCCCCACCAUAGGCUUCCCGCUCGGCACCGCGUUGCUUCUGAUUGUUGUCUUCACCCUUAGCGGCAUCUUCUCCUGUUGUUAUCAUUGGGAUAAGCUCCGUCACCUCCGUGGUGACUUCUCCGAUGAAGAUCCUCAUCAUUCCGGCGAUCCACCGAUGAAACCGAAACUUGAUUGCUUGGAAAAGAAGCGAGACGAGGAUGGAAGUUUGCCGGUGAUAAUGGCCGGAGAUGAGUUUCCGAGGUUUAUAGCAAUGCCGUGUCCAUGUGAACCACCGGUGCAAGAAAGGAUCAUACCACCGCAUGUAGUUAUCCCGAUGUAUUAAUAGUAUCUUCACUUAAUUGUUUGUAUGUAUGUGGAAUUUGUACUUUGAAAUCGAAUUUGUGAUUCUUCUA